AUGGGGGGCAAGUCUGCAAACAAGGCCGGCUACUUCGACAAGCUCAAGGGCUUGUUGGAGGCCUACAAGUCGAUCUUCAUCGUCACCAUCGACAAUGUCUCCUCGCAGCAGAUGCACGAGAUCCGUCAUGCCCUCCGCGGCAAGGGCGUCGUCCUGAUGGGAAAGAACACCAUGGUCCGCCGUGCGCUCCGAACCUUCAUCCUCGACACCCCCGAGUAUGAGAAGAUCCUGCCUCACGUCAAGGGAAACGUCGGCUUCGUUUUCACCAACGACGACCUCAAGGAGGUUCGCGACAGUCUUCUGGCCAACCGAGUUGCCGCUCCUGCUCGUGCCGGUGCCCUGGCCCCCGUCGAUGUUUGGGUCCCCGCUGGAAACACCGGCAUGGAGCCCGGCAAGACGUCCUUCUUCCAGGCCCUCCAGGUCCCUACCAAGAUUGCCCGUGGUACCAUUGAGAUCACCACCGAUCUUAAGCUCGUCGAGGCCGGCAACAAGGUCGGUCCCUCCGAGGCCACCCUGCUCAACAUGCUCAACAUCUCCCCCUUCACCUACGGUAUGGGCAUUGCCCAGGUCUACGACCAGGGCCAGAGCUUCCCGGCCGAGAUUCUCGACAUUGGUGAGGAGCAGCUCCUCAAGGCCAUGAGCAGCUGCAUCAACGCUGUCGCCACCAUCUCCCUGGCAAUCAACUUCCCCACCUUGCCUUCGGUUAUGCACUCCCUCGUCAACUCGUACAAGAACCUCUUAGCCGUUGCUGUCGAAACCGAGAUCACAUGGCCCGAGAUUGAGCAGCUCAAGGACCGCAUCGCCAACCCCGAUGCUUACGCCUCUGCUGCUCCUGUUGCGGCUGCUACCUCUGGUGGCGCCGCCGAGGCCAAGCCUAAGGAGGAGGAGAAGGAGGAGGAAGAGGAGGAUGAUGAGGGCUUCGGUGGUCUCUUGUACGUGCCCUUGUUGUGCCCCCUGAUGAUUUGGUUCAAGCUAACAGUGCCUACAGCGACUAAAUGUCGGUGCAUCACGUUGGAGUUCGACAGGCUGCAUUCGCUUCAUUUCGAUUCAUGUUUCAUGGAUUUGCAACGUGUAGAUAACUCGCCCGCAAGAUUUCGCAAGCUCUUGCGGCGAUCGGAUGACACGGGAAUACUGAACGCGAUGCCUACUGAACCAGAUUCCAGCGUGAACUGA